UAACACGCCUGUGCGAUAGUGGCGGUGGUGUGGGAUGGACAGUAACCGCCACUAAAGCCACCGUCAUCCAUCAGCACCUGACGCCAGAAGCCAACAACAACAAAACCUCCCCCUUUGUUGCCUACCAACCCGCUCACCCCAUUUCCCUUCCCCUUCGGACUACCACAGUUUGCUGUAUCACCUCACAUCUUCAUCUGUCUCUGAUGCGUCUCCCUUUUCCCUCUUCGCCCCUCGAGUCUCUGCCUCUCCUUACCCUCCUCCCCGCGAGCCAUACCAGCCCUACUCCGUAAGCUGCAAUCUUCCAUUUGUUCGCUGGCUUCGGCCCACCAGUCCACCACUACGCCCCACCGAACCCAACGAGAAAGGGAAAAAAAAAGAGAAGGAUCUAGUCAUUUUGGCUCUAUCCACCGCCUUGUCUGUCCUGUCGAAACGGCCAGCUUCGCCAUCUACCCCCCUUUGUCCCUAUGGAUCCUUUAAGAGGCACCUCGCCAUCCAAAGCCGCCGUUAGUUCUGAGCCGCCCGAACAAUUGCUCGACGCCUUCAAGGCCGCCGCGUUAUCUGUCACGAAACUCUACAAAACCUCCGCCGCCGCCCAGGCUAAGGCUCGAGCCGACGGCUACCAAGAUUGUCUCGACGACCUGCUUGCCUUCCUCGACAAGUCGGGCAUUGGGUUGGGCGACGGGGAGGGAUGGCAAAUCCGGAAGUGGGCUACUGAGCGAUUAGACGGCAGGGAUGCCACCCAAGCGAUGGAGAGUGAAGAUGAGGUCGAGAAGCCGGAGCCUCUCUCUUCGCCGGAAAUCCACCGCCCCAACGACCAAACACACGUGCCCGCGAUACGGCCCGAGUCCAACAUGCGACACGAAUCCUCGACUGCCGGCGGUCCCCGACAGCCCACAAACUACCCCGCCACCGAGGAACACCCGCCAUCCUUCGCGGUUCCGACUCGGGAGAAUUUUACCUUCCAGUCCUCACAUCCAUACCCUCAGGAGUCCUACCCGAACUUGGCCAACCUAGACCUCUCCGACUCGGCUCGGGCCAACGAGAACACCACCCAGUGCUCUUCAACCGUGCCGAUAGCCCACCCGUCCCGGUCGCGGAAUAGCAAACGGGGGAGCAGACCACGGCCCACAAACCUUCUAGGGAAGGGUGCCGGACAGAAGCGGCCGAUCAACUUUGCCGAACUGUUCGAUCUAGGAGGCAUAGCAUUUGGGAAGGACGUAUUUGGGCGGGACGGGAAGAGAAGUCGGCACACGUGAUCGGUCAUUGCCCGAUGAAAUCUAUACCGCAUCUUUUGGGGCGUACGGGUUUUUUUUUUUGAUCUACCGGGCCGCACCGAUCUUGGUUCUUUGACAGACGACGGGCUUAGAUAGGCAGGCUGGUCAUGCAUCACUUUUGGGGACGCGGGUCCUUGGGUCUAGAGGACGCUUUCAUUGCGGUGAUACCGAGGAGGGGAGGAAGGGAAUUCGCAUGACAGCGCCGGCUAAGCAUUCCGAGGCGUUAAGACUUGCUUGAUGUAUGCUGUUCGCUGCUGCCCCUAGGUAGCGUUCCUAGCUUCCAGUACUCACCAUUCGAAUAUAUCACUGUCGAUUCGUAACCGGCACCGUCGCAGCUUCACUCCCCUCGCGGCCUCGAUCUCUCCAUUUUAUUGCUCGGUUACCCGAAGGGGAGGGCGUAUCCAUCAAGGUCCUGCCGAAAGAAACAUGAUAUAUUCCGUGGUUAACCGCGCUCCCCACCAAGGACGGAAAAUAGCGUGGGUGUAUCUAUGCUCAUAAUCAAACUACGUAACCUAUGGAUAAGAACUACGUAUAUGAAGCCGUAGGAUUUCAUGAGUGAAAGGUUCGUUCAAAGUGCUGGGGACGCAGUGACGACGUUUUCACGACUGUCCCGAGUAACC